GCCGCCCCGCUGGGCCCCGACCUCGCCGGCGCCUGGGAGCACAGCCCCUCUGCCCACGGCGCAGGCUGCGCGGCUGGGACGGGACCGAUGUGGCGCAUGCGUGGUGGCGCCACCAGGCGCGGGAACUGCGGCGGCGGAGACGGCAGCGGGGGCAGCUGCUGGCAGGGCCGCCCGGGCCGCGUUCGUGGGGGUGGCGGCAGCAGCGGCAGCGUGGGCUGGCGAGGCCGUGCGGACGGCGCCCGACAGCAGCUGGAGGAGCGGUUCGCCGACCUGGCGGCAAGCCACCUGGAGGCCCUCCGCGCGCGGGACGAGCAGUACCGGCAGAAUGCGCGGCUGCGAGGAGGCGUCUCCGUGCAGACCCGACUCAGGCCCGCUAGCCCCGGAGCCCGAGCCUCCAGGGCCCUGGCUGUAGCCCGAGGCCGCAGCCAGGGGUGGAGCCUCGCGCGGGCCCCUCCUCCUCCGCUCAGGGCGCCCCCCUCCUAG